AGUUAGCAGCUAGCUAGUUACGCAGUAGCGGCAGUUUGGCGUCUGGGCAGCUAGUGAAUCAUCGUACCAAUGCCUUAGAAACCAUUUCGUCUUCGCCUCCCCUCAGAUGAUAAGAAUGAUGUCCAUUGAUUCCAGUGGAUAACAUUCAUUAGAAUAACCGCACAACACCGAUGUCAGACUGUUUUUUGUCGGCCGCGGCCACAUUUUCCGUUUUUGGCCGAGCUAGCUAACCAGCUAGCAUAGCUGCUAGUUAGCCUGUUAGCAACGCCUAUGAUGGGGAGCGGAUCGAUAAAGGAAGCCUAGACUCUGCAUGGCGAAGGACUGGCAGCGGUGGGAGUGAGCAGCCAAUCAGCCGAGGACCCCGGUAGCAUCAUGGCGUCCCGUCAGAGGAACUCGGUCCGGAUCCUGUCGAGCCGGGAGCGCGGCUCCCAGACCUUUGGCUCCCAGAGGCUGCUGCAGCUGCUGGUGGAGGAGAAGGUCCGCUGGAUGAAAUGGCAGAGUCAGAAAGUGGAGCUGCCGGACAGCCCCCGGUCUACGUUCCUGCUGGCAUUCAGCCCCGACAGGACUCUGAUGGCUUCCACUCACGUCAACCACAACAUUUACAUAACGGAGGUGAAGACUGGAAAGUGCCUACAUUCCCUAGUGGGCCACCGUAGGACCCCCUGGUGUGUGACCUUUCACCCCACAAUCCCCGGCCUGGUGGCCUCUGGGUGCCUUGAUGGCGAAGUCCGCAUCUGGGACCUGCAUGGCGGCAGUGAGAGUUGGUUCACCGAGAGCAACGUGGCCAUCGCCUCCCUGGCCUUCCACCCGAGCGCUCAGCUCCUCCUCAUUGCCACCAACAACGAGCUGCACUUCUGGGACUGGAGCCGGCCGGAGCCCUUCGCCGUGGUCAAGACGGGCAGCGACACGGAGAGAGUCCGGUUGGUGAGGUUUGACCCUCUUGGUCACAACCUAUUGACGGCCAUCGUGAAUCCGUCCAAUCAGCAGAACGAGGAAGACUCGGAGGUCCCCAUGGACAGCGUCGAGAUGCCUCACUUCCGCCAGCGCUCCUUCCUGCCUUCGCAGCCGGUUCGCCGCACGCCCAUCCUCCACAACUUCCUGCACAUCCUGUCGUCUCGCUCGCCGGGGGCUCAGACGGCGGCGGGCGAGCAGGCGCGCCCUCUGGGGGACAGCGGGAGCGGUGUAGGAGAAUCUCCCAGCAUGCCUCUGGCCCAGUACUCGACGUCUGAGCGCGGGCCUCCGUUCCCGGGCUGCACGCAGCACCUGGGCAUGGUGUGUCUGUGCAGUCGCUGCUCGGCCAAUCGCAACCCUUCGCUGGCGGGCGACGCUGCCGGCGCCGAUCCCCCGCAGCCUUCGGCGCCGUCCACUUUCUCUUCGGCGCGGACGGAGCCCCGGCAGCCGUCUGAGAGACCCUCGGCCUUUACCUCGGUCUACUACAGCGCCGGAGCUUCUCUAAACGCUGCCGCGCCGAGCGGCGCCGAGCCGCACUCCGUCUCCAGCCCGGCCUCCAGGCCCGGCCCAGACUGGACCCGUAACCUGCUGAGUAUGCGAGAGGGAGGGGGGGUGGGCCUGCCCCCCAGGACCUCCUCCUCCUCCAUCAGCCUGCUGUCGGUCCUCCGCCAGCAGGACGGCUCCUCCCACUCGCCCGUCUACACCUCCGCCUCCGAGGGCCGGGGGUUCGAGCCCGGCGCCCGGGACGCCGCCGCUCGAGACGCCGCCGGCACCAGCAGCGGGCACCAUCCGUUCUGGGACGGUUCCCGCGGCAACACCGCGUCCUUCCGCAACGUGCUGCAGUGCAACCUGAGCCGCUACUUCAUGGAGUUCGAGCGCCUGCAGGACCUGGAGCCGCCACUAGGGGCCCCGGAGCCCAGCGCCGAGCUGCUCAACAACAACCAAAUGGACCCCGAGCGCGCCGGGCCUUCCUCUUCUUCCUCCACGCCCUCCCCUACUAUCAUCCACUACCAGCCCCCUCCCCCUCCUCCUCCUCCUCCUCCUCCCCCCGUCCCGCACAGCGCGCUGGAGAACCCCCCGCCCCCCCCGCAGGCGUCCCGCGGACAUCUGAACCGGUGCCGAGCGUGCCACAACCUGCUGACCUUCAACCACGACUCUCAGCGCUGGGAGCGCACUGGCCAGACCUCCUCCGUGUCCGCCUCGCCUCUGGAGCCCUCCUCUUCCUCUUCCCACUCCUUCCCUGCUUCGUCUGCGUCGCCGUGGCAACCCGACGACGCCGGCAGGACGCCGGAAGCGCCGCCGCUUCGGCCGCCGCUUCGGCCGCCGCUUCCUCGGCCCGAGCCCGGCGAGCAGCCGCCCCCCGCCCCGGGGGCCUUCCCGAUCGCCCCGGCCCCCAGCCACCAGCCCGGCGAGCAGACGGUGGGCCUGGUGUACAACCAGGACACGGCCCAGUGGGAGCGGGUGUACCGGCAGGCGGCGGCGCCCGCCAGAUCGGCGGAGCCACCGGAGGCCUUAAGCCAAGAAAUGCCUGUUGACCCCCCAGACGAGGACUCGCUGCGCAGGCGACUGUUGGAAUCGUCUCUGUUAUCGCUGUCUCGCUAUGACAUGUCAGGAUCCAGAGACCACCCCAUCUACCCUGAUCCAGCCAGGCUUUCUCCAGCCGCGUACUACGCCCAGAGGAUGAUCCAGUAUCUGUCGCGGCGGGACAGCAUUCGCCAGCGCUCGCUCCGCUAUCAGCAGAACCGCCUGCGGGCCGUGUCGUCUUCAUCGGACAGCCCCGCCAGCAACCCGUCCAGCUCCAUGGACAACAGCGAUGUGGACUUUGAAGAGCUGGAUGAUACUGGAGACCGAGCGAGGCACAGGACUCCACGUAACGCCAGGAUGUCUGCGCCCUCGCUCGGCCGCUUCGUCCCACGACGGUUCCUCCUCCCGGAGUACCUGCCCUACGCCGGGAUCUUCCACGAACGAGGGCAGCCCGGCCUCGCCACACACUCCUCCGUCAACAGAGUGCUCGCUGGGGCAUCGAUCGGGGACGGCCAGUCUGCGGUUGCCAGCAACAUCGCUAACACCACGUACCGUCUGCAGUGGUGGGACUUCACCAAGUUUGACCUGCCGGAGAUCAGCAACGCCUCAGUCAACGUCCUGGUGCCAAACUGUAAAAUCUACAAUGACGCCAGUUGUGACAUCUCUGCAGACGGUCAGCUGUUGGCCGUCUUCAUUCCCAGCAGCCAGCGGGGGUUUCCAGACGAGGGCAUCCUGGCCAUCUACUCUCUGGCUCCCCACAACCUGGGAGAGAUGCUCUACACCAAGAGAUUCGGUCCGAAUGCUAUCUCCGUUAGCUUGUCUCCAAUGGGCUGCUACGUGAUGGUCGGCCUGGCCUCCCGCAGGAUCCUGCUGCAUCCCACCACCGACCACAUGGUGGCGCAAGUCUUCCGCCUGCAGCAGCCCCACGGAGGAGAGACCUCCAUCAGGAUGGUGUUUAACGUGGUUUACCCGAUGGCUCCAGACCAGCGGCGCCACGUCAGCAUUAACUCUGCUCGCUGGCUGCCGGAUCCGGGGAUGGGUCUGGCGUACGGAACCAACAAGGGAGACCUGGUCAUCUGCCGGCCUGUGUUCUACCGAAGCGACGGUGAGAGUCCAGCCGAGUCGAGCAGCGAGCCGUUGUUCUCCGUUAACAACAGUGGAACCAGCCGCACUCGAGGUUCUGACAGACCGGGUCCAAAUCGAUCUGGCUGGAGACUGGACAGAGACAUGGGUCUGAUGAACGCGAUUGGUCUUCAGCCCCGACAUCCCGCCCCCUCGGUGACAUCACAGGGAACCCAGACGCCAAUCAUCCAGCUGCAGAACGCCGAGACCCAAACGGAGAGGGAGCUGCCGGAGCCCAGCGCUGCGCAGCUGGCCCCAAAUGUCCCUCCUGAGACUGCGUCUACGAGUGGAUCGGCUCCGGGGCAGCCGGCGGCAUCCCCCCAGGCCAGCAGCCAGGGCGAAGCUUCAGCGGAGCCCAACACAUCCACAGCUGGCACGGGUACUGCUCAGCCACACUGAGGGGCUACAACCAGGCUUCAAAAUUAACUUUUUUGUCUACCAGCCAAAAUGGCUAGUGAAUGUUCAGAUAUUACCAGCC